AUGCCUUCUAAAUACCAAUCCGAUUUCUUGCAAUUAGCCUUGGACUCACAAGCUUUGAAGUUUGGCAAAUUCACCCUCAAAUCUAAGCGUGAGUCACCGUAUUUCUUCAACUUGGGUUUAUUCAGCACCGGGAAAUUGUUAUCAAGCUUGGCAACUGCCUAUGCCGAAGCAAUCAUUGAGAGCAAAUUGAAAUUCGAUAUCUUAUUUGGCCCUGCCUAUAAAGGUAUACCAUUGGCUGCAAUUACUGUUGCAAAAUUAGCAGAGUUGGAUCCUGAAAAUUAUGGUGAUACUGGAUACUCUUUCAAUAGAAAGGAAAAGAAAGAUCAUGGUGAAGGUGGAUCAAUUGUCGGGUGCCCGUUGGCAGAUAAGAAAAUCUUGAUCAUUGAUGAUGUGAUUACUGCAGGUACCGCCAUCAAUGAGGCAUUUGAAAUAAUUGCCCAGGAAAAAGGUCAAUGUGUCGGCUGUAUCAUUGCUUUGGAUAGACAAGAAACGACAGUCACAGAUACCACAAAGUCUGCAACUAAGGCAGUCAGCGAAAAAUACGGUAUUCCUGUAUUGUCAAUUGUAAGCUUAGCUGAGAUCAUUACAAUUUUACAGGGCAAGAUAAGCGACGCCGAUUUGAAAUCUAUUAAAGAGUACAGAAGCAAAUAUGGCGCCUAA